GCCGAGCCGUGGGGAGGGGGCAGGGGGAGCGAGGGACGGGCACUCGGGCAGAGGCAUCGCCUCCGCCGAAGGGCGCGCCAGGAGGAGAGGCUGAGCGGGGCUCCGGCGGCCCCGCCGAGCACUCCUUGGGACCGCGCGCCGGCUUCCGGCUCCACAUGCAGCCCCAGCCCCGCGUCUCGGCCUUGCCGGUAGUCGGCGUUCCCCUCCGGUGCCCCUGGAGCAGCACAGCAGAGCCCUUUCCCAGCGCCGUGCCCGGGCAGUCAGGCCUCUGAGCUGUCUGUCUGGGAGAGCCCUACCAGCGCUGUGCGUGCACUGUUCCGGCAACGCUGUGUUUCCGUGGUCCCCUGACCCCCCAAAUGAGGGAACAGCCUGUCCGGGAUGUGCCUGCUCGUGCCCAGCUUUCCUCCAGCACAACCGGCACUGCACCAAACCGGACCCAGCCGAGGGAUGCUGGGAAUUCCUGUCCCCGUGAGGUGUCACAGCCAGAGUACCCCUUCAGGUGUCCCAGCUGUUCCUGGGCUUGCUGCAGCCCCAAAAUGAUCCAUUUUGCUGCCUGUUGAGGACACAUAAUUCCACUUUCCCUCGGUCUGACCUUCCCUGCCAGAUCAGGAUUAACGUGACAUCCUUGCUGGCUCGGCUUGGUCACUCUGAAGGUGCUGAUGACGCUGGCUGGGGCUCUGGGAUCCCUUCCCUGCCUGCCUGUGUGGGAUCUCUUCCCUGCCCGCCUCCCCUCCUCCGUGGGAGAUCCCCCUCCUGCCGCAGCGCAACUGCAUUAUCCUCCUCCAAAUCCCUCUUCUGCCGUGACGUCUGCAGAGCACUUGACUGAGAUUAGUCUGUCAUGUGGAGGUUCUUACUCCCUCACUGACCUGUGCUUCCCCUCCUGCGGCUGCUCUUGGCUCCUGUCUCUCCCUGCUUGUGCAGCUGGCGGCAGCAUGGGCUCUGCUCGGGGCCCUGGGGGAGUGUGGGACACGAGCAGUUCCUUGCUCUGUCUGCACUAACUUCUCCAUCACAGCUUCCUUCCCUGUGCACUGCCCUCUCCCAAGAGUGCUUCUGACACCUCCUGCGUGUCCCUGAAAAGAGUUUUUAACUGGAUCCUCGUUGUUAUUUUGAGAGCUGUCACUGGAGCUAAAGGUUUUGUGCCUCAUCAGUGGAGCGUCCAGCUGCAGAGCUGUGAGGCCACCAGGAUCAGAGUUCUCCUGGGUGCAUCCCAAAGUCCUGCCUGGACUGCCCUUCAGUGCCUGUGUUUUAUUUAAAGCCAUAACUGGUGCUUUUGUGCCAGGCAGGCAGCUGCGCAGUGCCCUGAGCGUGAUCCCAGUGUUGUCCCUCAGGCCAUUGUGCACUUGGCCCUGGUGAUGUGUGUUUCCUUCAUACCGCCCUGCUUGAAUUUCCUGCUUCCUCCUCACUUGGCAGCGAGUGCCCUUGGAUCCACACCAGUUUGCUGUGACAGCAAGGCGCGGACCGUUGUUCAAACAAGGGAACAGCAAGGAGCGGUGCUGCCUUGCCACGGCAUUCAGCAUCGAUGAAGCUCAACUGGAACAGCCUCCAGCCCUGCUGCCAGGUCUCCAGGAGGAAGCUGCAGCUCUGGCAGGGACUCAGAAUCAAUUUUUUGAGCAGCAUCAAUUAAGAAGCUGAGAAAUUGGAGUUGACGCUGGGAUGGAGUUGAGGUGUCGGGGGUUGUUUUUCCAGUAAUUUGGACCUUUUUGAAGCACCUGCUUGCCUAAUGCCAUGAAUAUUGCAGUGAACAAUGAGGAAGAAAAAGCUGUCCAUUCCUGGUCGAGAAUUUCCUCUGCAGGACAAAAAGUGCUGGAGGAGGCUCUCCGAGUCUUCAACCCGAUGUCCAAGGACCUUUCGGACACAGAGACCCAGCUGGUGGCCUUCAUCCAGGGCCUGAAGGAGGAGGGCUACCAGCCCACGAUCCUGAGGAGUAAGGAUGUGUACGGGUACAGCUCGUGCACGGCAGACACCCCGAGUCAGACGAAGGAGAGCAGCCCACACGGCUGUGCCAGCACUGCCAAGUCUGUGCAGAGUCCGGCCCAGAACGCCACAGCCAUGGCAAAGGUGUCCGCUUCUCCCACCAGCAUUCCCGUGGGCUCUCUGAAAGUCUCCGCUCAGCCCGUCUCCAAAGGGGAUUCCGCAAAUCUCCUGCUGAGCUCCUUGAAGCAGACAGGGUCCGGCACGUCCAAGGCAGCAGCAGUGGGCUUCCCCACAAACAUGUAUCCCGAUGUGUAUCCAGCUGUGAGACUGUCUGUGGUUCUGGAAGCCCUGGUGCCGCUGAAAACCACGGCGUCCUGUUUGGAGUCCAAGUACACGCGAGGGCGGCUUGGGAUCUCGCCCUCAGACCUUAAACUCCUCAAGAAUUCCAGUCCACCAAGGCAGUUUCCUUCAGGCAAGAGCACUAAAAUAACUGAAAGCAAGGGGUACAAGCGUUCGGUGAAGAAGGCACCGGAUUCUGCCACCCACGCUUUAAACCUCCUGAAGGCACCAAAGGGUGGAGUGCUGCAGGAGAGCAACGCCUGCAAGGCCUCGGGAAUUCUCAAUGGGAGAGUCACAGGCAGCUCAUCGCAGGGCUGCACCACAGCACCGCAGCCCAAGACCCUGAAACUCAAAGAUAAGGAAGCUCUGGUGGGAAAAACAGAGUGGAAGGACAGCAGCAGUUACCGGGAGAGCGUUGGGCAGAAGAAGAGAAGAGCUACAGAGGCAAGAGAAGCACCACAGAGGAAAAAAGCAAAUACCAUUCCUGUCCGAAAGAAAACUAGACGGGCUCAGAGCACUUUGAACCUACUGAAAUUCCGGACCAUCAAGGUGGGCAACUCCUCAUCUGACGAUGAAGUGAGGAGGAGAGCACAGAAGAUUCUUAGGGUCAACCUAUCACCCGUGAUUCGAAUUCAGCCCUUGUCCCACUCUCACAGUGUCCCCUGAGUUUCUUCACUUUGUCACUUUUUUUUUGUAAGUAAGUAAAUACGAGCCUGGCACCAGAGCGCGGAGAGGUUUGGGAGCAGCUCUGUGUCUCUGGUGCUGAUAUGCCGACUAACCUGCAGGCAGAGCAGCUGCUCCCACGCUGUUCUGCCUGUCUGCCACUGCUGUGCAGGACUGGCUGCAGAAAUCCAAACCUCUGUUUGGGAACACGGGAUGGUGACUUCGGCCAGCGGUGAGCCGGGCGGGCCAGAGGGCUCACUUCCUGCUGAGCUUCCCUGGACGUGGCAGGCUGAGCUCUCGUGCAGGGGAGAACACGGGACUUUCUCAUGACAUCGAUGCACUGUGAUAUUGCUCUUUUUCAAGCUGUACAUUUACUGGUUUUAUUUUGAUCAAAUUUUAUAACUUUAUUAUCUAUAUAUCUAUAUAUCCAUAUAUGUGCAUAUGGCCCAGGAACUGUGGGAAGAUGCACUCCUCCAUCCCUCUGGGAUAGGGUUCAAUAGCUUUUGUUCUCCCUCCCCUUCAGCUAGUCUUUUGUUGAAAGGUGCCAGGAUUCCUUUGUGGUUCAGUGUUGUGACAGUCUGUCCUGGGCUCCCUCGAGCAGCUCGGAGACAGCAACAUUAUAGCCACUUGUUUGUCUCCAGAAUGCCAAGCAAUUUGGAGAAUUACCAGCUGGUAGUUUUAAUCCUAUUUUCGGUAUUACCUCUGCGUAGCAGUGGGGGAGUGUCACGGGGCUUGACGUCUGAGGGUGCCUCCUCCCUUUGUUGGUAGCAGAAGUUCUGAACUCAUGGUAGGGAUUUGCCUCCAAAGAGCGAUUCCUCCUCAGCACCCAGCACUACCCCGCUCUCCUGUAUCCCAGGUACAGCUGUAGAACAUGGACUGUGACUGUUAAAGCAGAAGGGCUGGAGUUUUGUAAAGUGUCCUGCCCACCA